GGAGAGCGCGCGCGCGCGCACACACCACACACACAUCGAGGGGAGGGGAAGGGCUCCGGAGGCUUGGCAUGUUCCUGUGUGGACGAGAAUCAGUCCGCGAGCCCAGGAGCGGGAGGGCGAGCCCCUGCCACUAAGGCGCCUCCCUCCCUCGCUCCAUUCAUUCGCCUGCUCUCCUCAUGCCGGCGGCUCCCGCUCUUUCGCCGCCCGUCGCCUGGGACUCCAACCUGUUUGUGGAGGUCACUCUUGGGCCGCCAGCAGCCUGUGGCUUCUUCCCUCCGCCGCCUCCUUGCAGCGUCUGAUGGUCUUUGCUCCGGGGAGGCGAGUCGGAGCUGGGCAGUGAGCGAGGAGGGAGCAGCAUCAGCAGCAGCCCCGUCGCCCUCGCACGAUCUGGGACUUACAAGCCAGGCAGCCAUCCCCGCCCCAUCUCUCACACCCCCCGGCCCCGGAGGGAUUUACUUUGUCAGGAGGAGCCCGCGGGGCUGACGCGCCGCCGAGAAGAUGUACCUAGACCCUGAGGCGGCCAAAGGGGCACCCUCUCGUGAUGUCCUUCUGGUCUCAGCCAUCAUCACCAUCAGCCUUAGUGUUACCAUUGUCCUGUGUGGGAUCUGCCAGUGGUGUCAGCGCAAACUGGGCAAACGCUAUAAAAACUCCUUGGAGACGGUGGGAACUCCAGAUUCCAGCCGAGGUCGCAGUGAAAAGAAAGCCAUUAAUGAUCUAGACAGAGACUUUUGGAAUAACAAUGACAACACAGUGCAGCAGAAAUGGAGCUCCUACCCUCCCAAGGAGUUUAUACUAAACAUAUCACCUUACGCCCCGUAUGGUGAUCCACGACUUUCCCUCAAUGGCACCUUGUUGUCAGGUGCAAAGUUGGCUGCUUCAGCCACCUCAGGAUUGGCUGGGGAGCGGGAAGGACGCCACGGGGAGAGGCAGCAGCUCCGAGAGGACGGCAUGAAGAGCAGCGUGUCUGCCCACAGCGAGCCCAGCAUUGGGAAGGCGGGGAGAGGUCGAUGGCAAACGGUGCAGAGCCACCUAGCAGCAGGGAAGCUCAGCCUAUCCAAUUUUGAGGAUUCCACCAUGUCCACAGCCACUACCCUUGAGUAUAUCCCCACCUCAGCAGGAGACCCGAAAUGCCAGCGCCCGCGCACCCUCAUGCGCCAGCAGAGUCUCCAACAGCCACUCAGCCAGCACCAGAAACCCAACCACAGCCAGCCCACCACCAGCCAGAGCCUGGGCCACCUGCAGUCCCACACCACCUCCACCAGUGGCAAUCCCCGGGGCUGUCGGAGCGCGCAGUCACGGCAAGGGACCCCUGCUGGCUCCAAGCACAGGACAGGUGGUGGUCGUAGCCGCUCCAAUCCUGGGAGCUGGGACCAUAUGGUGGGGCAGAUUCGGAAUCGAGGCUUGGAUAUGAAGUCUUUCCUGGAAGGCCGCAUGGUGGUGUUGUCCCUUGUUUUGGGGCUUUCAGAACAGGACGACUUUGCCAAUAUACCUGAUCUUCAAACCACUGGAAACCAACAGAACCAGAACUCUCAGGGGGACAAGAGGUUGCCCUCUGGUGGCAAAGCGGUAAACACAGCUCCUGUGCCAGGACAGACACAACACGAGGAGCCUGACCAUAAAACAGAGCCUCGCUCAUCCGUCUCAGACCUCGUAAACUCCCUGACCAGUGAGAUGCUGAUGCUCUCCCCUGGGUCUGAGGAUGAUGAGGGACAUGACAGUGCCAGCCGAGAAAACCUGGGCCGGAUCCAGUUUAGCGUUGGCUACAAUUUCCAGGAAUCCACACUAACUGUCAAAAUAUUGAAAGCUCAAGAGCUACCAGCCAAGGAUUUCAGUGGCACAAGUGACCCUUUCGUCAAAAUUUACCUCCUACCAGAUAAAAAAAAUAAGCUGGAGACAAAGGUGAAAAGGAAGAAUUUAAACCCACAUUGGAAUGAGACCUUUCUCUUUGAAGGUUUCCCAUAUGAGAAAGUGGUUCAGCGGGUGCUCUAUCUACAGGUUCUGGAUUAUGAUCGGUUCAGUCGUAACGAUCCCAUUGGGGAGGUGUCCAUUCCCCUCAACAAAGUGGACUUGACCCAGAUGCAGACAUUCUGGAAAGAACUCAAGCCCUGCAGUGAUGGGAGUGGAAGCCGAGGAGAGCUUCUCCUGUCGCUCUGCUACAACCCUUCAGCUAACUCCAUUGUUGUGAACAUUAUCAAAGCUCGGAAUCUUAAAGCCAUGGACAUCGGGGGAACAUCAGACCCCUACGUGAAGGUGUGGCUGAUGUACAAAGACAAACGGGUGGAGAAGAAGAAGACGGUAGUGAUGAAACGGUGCCUGAACCCAGUCUUUAAUGAGUCCUUCAUCUUCGACAUCCCCACAGAGAAGCUGAGGGAAACGACCAUUAUCAUCACUGUCAUGGAUAAGGACAAGCUCAGCCGGAAUGAUGUCAUUGGAAAGAUCUACCUGUCAUGGAAGAGUGGCCCAGGCGAAGUGAAGCACUGGAAGGAUAUGAUUUCACACCCCCGGCAGGCUGUGGCACAGUGGCACCAGCUGAAGGCCUGAGAGGCAGGAGCCGAGGACUCGCUCUGGGUUUCAGUGCACCAAGUCAACAUUUACUGGCCACACUCUCACUACUACUUUAUGCACAACGGCUGCACCCUGGUCUCCCCCAGGGGGAAAAGCUUGGGAAUGACCACAGGCUAAGGGAGCGAACCUGAAACAUGUACUAAACUCUGGGAAAGUGGUAUCGGUGCCCAAUGUGCUGGCUCAGCAGCGCAGAGCAUCACAAGGAGCACCAUUAAUACCCAACCUCCUGCUUUAGCCUUUCCAUCAGACUCCUUAUGUAGAAAGAACGAGAGAGGGAGAGAGAGAGAAAGAGAGAGAGAGACCAGAGCAGAGCAGCCCUCCAGCUGAAGGUGGCCUCAGCACUGAUUUGUUUGGAUUCACAGUGUAGCAAUGGCACAAUGGGAGGAGAGGGGUCCGCUACUGCCAUACAAGACUUCCUAUGAGUUCUUCCAGCCAAAGGCCCAUUGGGAUGGCACCCUACUCCGCCAUAAGAAAGCUAACCCCAUCCAGCGGCUGCACUGGCCUGAGAGGGGGCACUGCAAGGAGAUCACUUGCUCUGUUUCCAUGAGGUGGUUUCGUUAUCAUUCAAUAAAACUUGUAAGAGUAAUAAGAAUAAUAUAAAUAAUAAUGCUGGCUAGACCUUUUCCUAGCCAGGCCUCUCUGCAAAGGGGAGAGGAGCCACGAAGCUCCCGUAGCCCCCCUGUGUGUGUGUGUGUUGUGUGUUGUAACUAUGCGUGCAGGGCAUUCGUGUGUCACUUGUGUUCUCUUUCUCUCGCUCAGCCCUAGACAAUUUGUUUCUCUGAGGGGCUUGAUUCACUGCCCAGCAGGAAUUGAGGGGAAGCUUAUGCCAUGUGGAAAAGGAGGGGAGCAACAGAUUUUGGAGCUUUGGUUGAGAGGAGAGAGGAAAGAGAGGCAAGGAGGCCAUUUUCUUAACCAUGCUGGAAGCCAUGAAACACAUGCCACAAGCUAGAGUGUGUGUGGUUGUAACAUUAGGGAGAGCCUAACUUUUAAUUGCCCCUUUUGUUUGGCAGAGGCAAAGGAGACAUGCUGAGGAGUCCUGAAUUUGGGGGGGGGGCAGGGCGGGAGCCAUUCAAACUGACCCCUCUCAACAUCCCAAUGUGCUUGUCACACAUGGCCCCAAGCAACCAUCCUACUUUAAUGAUGCCUCCCCAUUUUCUCUCCUCCAUUGAGCCAGCCACAUGCACCCUAACCCACCACCGUCUCUCUUGGAUUCCAAAGCUUGUUUUCACUCAGUCUGCAGCCCUUCCCUUGGAAACCAGCAAACACACACCUGUGCAAUUUCUAGUUAAUUAGCCACCCACUUUCUGUACCCUUCUGCAGCUAUAGGGUACCAGGGAAAAGUCAGCCCUCCUAGACAUUCGGUCAAAAUGGCAAAGAAACCAUCUCAAGGCUUCAUAGGUGAGAGCUGGGACUAAGGGGCACUGACAAGAAAGAUUUGUGUCUGAUUCCAGUGCUUCUCUGGAUCUUUAUCUCAGUCUUCCCACAUUUUUCCUGCAAGCGGAGAACAAGGAUUAAUCUGCUCAACCCUUUUUGAAUGUGUUAAAGGCAACAUGUUUUAUUUCAGUUACUUGGGAAACACUUUUGGGCCAAUCUUUUGAAUAUAUUGACAGGUGUCCUAACCCAUUGCAUCCUGUGGAGAAGCAAUAAUCCAAAAGCAAGUCAAGCCAGUUCUCCAGGCCACUUCUCACAAGCACUCUGCACAGCUUUUCUUCUCCCCACCCCAAAGGCUAGAAUGUGCCAUCAAAGAGGGUCAUCUGCAUGAUUCAGUAUGAGCGUGCAGGUCAGUCUUGCACCACGCUGCAGACCUUCCAUGCGUAGGAGGUGAGCAGUGAUGUGAAUGUGACAAGCCAUUCAUAUAAUCCAUUUGCCAUUUCCAAGGCUCAAGCUGCAAGGGGGAAAUGAUGCUGGGGUAGAUAAGGCAGAAUGGUUUUGUGGAGAUGGAGCCUCAGUCUGAACACAUAUUGAAAUAUUUGCAGCAGCUAUUCGACAGAGCAAAAACCACUCGUAAGACAAUUCAUUUUGGCUUCGAGGUGUCCUAGGUGAUUGUGUGCAGCGCUGGCGCAGGACAGUUUGUUGCCUGAGGCAUAGGACAAGAUGGCAGCUCCCUGCAUUCAACAUCCAGGUGCUGGCUAGCCCAGUGGCUGAGUCAUAUAUUCACAAUUAAACAUUAUCAUCACAUAAGUAUAAAAGAAUAAACCACAAAAAUAGAAAAUAGAAAAUAAAACAUUUCCACACAAUAUUAAAUCCACAUUUUGGGGUUACUCAGAUCCCUCGACUUCCCUCUAGCCGCGGCUGAGUCUUUAUUCAGCACCAGGGAUUGGACAAUGUCCUUCACCAUACCAGAGGCAGCAAGCUACUUGCGAAGGGGGCAGGACGUGUCAUGUAACAUAUCUUCUGUCUUCCAACGUAGGGAAAUGGCCAGUUUUAAUAUGUUUCACCUCCAUUUGUUUAGAAGCUGCUACCUUCAAAAGCAGUCUAAUGGUGCAUCUCACUACAGAUGCAAAAACCUCAUUGUAGUCCUCUGCAUACGUUUGCGAGUAACAGCUCUUGCUUCGUAGCGUUCAACUUCCCGUUCUGUGCCCUGCUUUACCUUGCAUACUCACUUGCUUCCAAUUGUCUUCUUCCUGGGAGGCAUCUUGAUUAAAGUCCAGGUUUGGUUCUGGUGCAGGGCAUCCAUCUCCAUGCACCCUCCUUCCAUGGACGGGCUUCAGCGGCUGUCACCUGCUCCAUCUCUUCCCAGGUGGAAGGUUUCAUGGGGUGAUGCCGGCUUGUGAUGGAGGGCAGUUGCGGAGUUGGAAUAGCUUUCUUGGGUCUCCAUGAGCACCUGACCUCUGUCUCUGGAGUCACAUCAUCUUCCUCAUCACCAAGUGCAGGCAUCUCAUCAUCAGUUUCCUCCCCUGUGGGAGCGCUGCUGCUUGGACUCUACUCCUCUGCUUCUCCUUGCUGCUCAUCAUUUGUGCUAAGUGGUGUGACAGUAGAAAACAGAUCUGGACAUCAAUUCAGGAAAGUACUUGUGGGCUUGUGUUUCUUCCUCUGACUCCUCAGAAAAAUCUAUUUCUUGACAGCUUUCCUGUGCUCAUCAAAAUGAACCGCAUGUCUUGUGCUGACCUUUCCAGUAUUCAAGUUCAUCACUUUGUAAUAUCUGCUUCCAAUACCAUAUCCAAACAUAAUUGCCUGUUCCUCUCUGGAGUCUUAACUUGUCCCUGUUCUCCACGGGUACAUAGGCAUAGGCAAUACUGCCAAACACAGGUUUGUGUGAUAUGUUUGGUACACUUCCAUGCCAAUGCCCAAAAGGUGUGUGUUCAGCUCCCUUGGUUGGCAGACUGUUCUGGAGAACCAUCUUCUUCUCUCUCAAUUUGAACAUCAAAGUAGUAAGAAACAUUUCUGAGUUCCUUUAUCUCUGCUGCUUUGCCCAUCAAUCUCCCCAGGUGCCUCCACUUUAUUUCAUCCACAGUUUUAACAAAAAUGGCAUUGCAAGCCUGUUCUCUAAUUGACAGAAAGCUGGAACUGAGACAUUUUCUGACCUCUUACAAGCAAGUGAAAGCCUGAAAUGAGGGACAGCUUA